AUGCGCUGCUAGCCAGCGGGGUUGUUUGGUUAACGUGCAGCAUGGCGGACGAUGUGGAAGGCAAGGGUGCUGGCGAAGGCGCUGCUCCCGCUUUGGAUGAGGAGGAGGCGGCCGGGAUGGCCGGGUUCGGCGUCGGCGGCUUAGUGUUUAAUGUGUGCCUGUUGCUGCUGGCUCUGCUCGGGGUGUACAGGCUGUACUGGAGGAGGCGGUGCGGCGGCGAGACGGAAUGCAAAGAGCCCGCGCUGCCCAAGAUGAAGAAACGCGAUUUCAGUCUGGAACAGCUGCGGGAAUACGACGGGCUUCACAACCCGCGCCUCCUGCUCGCCGUCAACGGCAAAGUUUUCGAUGUGACCAAAGGGAAGAAAUUCUAUGGACCCGAUGGCCCGUAUGGUAUAUUUGCUGGCCGAGAUGCCUCAAGAGGACUGGCUACAUUCUGCCUUGACAAGGAAGCGCUGAGGGAUGAAUUUGAUGAUCUUUCUGAUUUAAGUGCUGUGCAGAUGGAAAGUGUUAGAGAAUGGGAGAUGCAAUUCAUGGAAAAGUAUGACUAUAUAGGCCGACUGUUGAAACCAUGGGACGAACCAUCAGAAUAUACAGAUGAGGAAGACGUUAAAGAGCAUUCGAAACAGGACUAAAACUGUUCGGCAACCAAAGCGAGAGCGUUCAGUGCUGCAACCCAUUUUAUUCAGAUUUCUGGAGCUUUUGUUUUCUUCAUGAGCUACAAAUGAUAGAAUGUGAAAUGUAUUUUGCAUUCAAAGUAAAUACUCUUAUGUGGAGACUUAAAUUAAAAUAUCCAGUAAAUGCUGCCAAAAUAGUUUUGUGGUUGAUGUAACAAGUCAGGUGAGGUUACAUCCAUGAUGGCAGAGAUAAAAAGCGCAGUGGUAUUGAUUUACCCGGGGUUUUAUGUUUGCCAGUGGGUGAGGGGAUGAAAAGAUGAAUGUGCUGAAGCCAUCCGACAUUACUAAUGUUUCAAGAUUAUUUCAACUAGGCAUUGUACAGCAUUGCAAGCAAUUGCCUGUGAUCUUGCUUUAUACAAUAACAGUAAGUAGUUAGCGCUUCCGGAAGCUGGAAUUUAGAAUUGAUUUUUUGAAUACUCUGCACAAGAUUAUUUAAAGAUGUUUUCCCUUAAAACUGCACUAAAUCAGUAUACAGUAAUUAAAGGAAAGAGGGCUUACUGGUAACUGAUUGUGCUGGCUCAGUUUGAAAAUGCUAUGUUUAUUCCCCCACUGAAUGUUACAAAACUGUAUUUCUCUGCAGUCUGGUUUCCCCUCCAUUUAUUGAAAUGUAGGUAAUAUUCAUUGUGCCUUAUUUUGAUUACUUUUCUACUUCAACUUGAAAUAUUGUAAAUCAGUUUCCCUAAACCUGAGCCAAUGGUGUAAUAGUGUUCAAAGGAAAAAAACAGUCAUUGCAUGGAGACCUUUUUAUCUUUGCCUGUAGUGUAUGAUAUUGCCAUUGUUCGAGUGGGGAGAAAAAUGCACUCACUCUGAUGUAUUUGCAGUUAGCAUAUCCCAUGAUACUGCCAUAUUUAUGUAGUGAUGUAUAGUUUAGUGUUAUAUCAGAAACCCAUAUUUCAUUUCCUUCCCUAUUGUUGGAGUAACAUUUUCUAUCUGAGGAAGAGGGAAUGGUCUUUAGUUUGUGUGGAAUAAAAUAAAAUUGGGAUGGUAAGACAUUUCAAAUUUGUAAAUAUGUGUAUCUGUUUUAAUAAAAAGCAUGUACUACAAGCAGACAGAUCUGACUUUGUGCAGAGUAUCAAAUCUUGAACCAGAGCUAUAGGUUAUGAUGGAUCAGAUGGAAAUUGCACAAUAAACAAUUGUUUGAUAAUAUUUGUCUGAAUUGUGGUUCAUUUUGAAAUUGCUUAUAAUCACUUCAUGCCUUGGGUAUGCAAAGAAAAAAUAAAUUAAUUUGGCUUAACUAUUUGAAUUUUUAAAUGUUUGUAGCCUUAUGACUUGCGUACUUGUAAAUUUGAGUAAAGCUUUAUCUGAUUCAAAUUGUAUCUGUUUAUUAGAUGGAUAGAAAUCAUUGUAAUACAAAAAUGUAAAUGCACGGUACAAUGGAAAAUUGACUAACUUGAUGCUUUCAUUACUGCACUCUGUAGGAAUGCAAAUUUGUUUGCAAUAUUGUCAUCAGAUAUACCCAUAUUUUUAUGAACGGGCUUCUAAGAUGUUUGAAGUACAUAUAUUAAAAUAUAUAAAAAUCUGAAAUACA